CGUCCCUCGCUGCUCGGAGGUUGCGGCCUUGCUUUUUUUUUUUCCCUCCCGCUCCGUUUCCUCGUUUUCUCUCCCUCGCGCGCGCGCUGUCUCUUACUCUCGAAGCUUGCCAGGUGUGAGUGGCACCUGCCCUCAGUGGCGUCUUUUGUCGCCGCGAACGAAGCGUCCGGGGACUCCGACGGGGUCCCUGCCCCCUCCUCCUGGCAGGCUCUGGGCCUUGCUUUCUAGACCGGUCCCUGGCGCCUGUUUUAGCCGAGCCCCCGGGUUCCCCGCACCCGGGGAAGAUGUCGGAACAGACGGGCUUAGUAAUGCCGCAGACCCUGGACAGGAGUUGCUGGGUUUGUUUUGCUACUGAUGAGGAUGACAGAACAGCAGAAUGGGUGAGACCAUGCAGAUGUAGAGGCUCUACAAAAUGGGUUCACCAAACUUGUCUACAGCGUUGGGUGGACGAAAAACAGAGAGGAAACAGUACAGCUCGGGUUGCCUGUCCGCAGUGCAAUGCAGAAUACUUGAUAGUAUUUCCAAAGCUAGGUCCAGUUGUUUAUGUCUUGGACUUAGCAGAUCGUCUUAUCUCAAAAGCCUGUCCAUUUGCUGCAGCUGGAAUAAUGGUGGGCUCUAUCUACUGGACAGCUGUCACUUAUGGAGCUGUAACAGUGAUGCAGGUUGUGGGUCAUAAAGAGGGCCUUGAUGUCAUGGAGAGAGCAGAUCCAUUAUUCCUUUUAAUUGGACUUCCCACCAUCCCAGUUAUGCUUAUAUUGGGAAAGAUGAUCCGCUGGGAAGACUAUGUGCUUAGAUUGUGGCGAAAAUAUUCUAACAAACUGCAGAUACUGAACAGUAUAUUUCCAGGGAUUGGAUGUCCUGUUCCUCGUAUUCCAGCUGAGGCCAACCCUUUAGCAGAUCAUGUCUCUGCUACUCGUAUUCUGUGUGGAGCUCUUGUCUUUCCCACAAUUGCUACAAUCGUGGGAAAAUUGAUGUUCAGCAGUGUUAAUUCUAAUCUUCAAAGAACAAUUUUGGGUGGAAUUGCUUUUGUUGCUAUAAAAGGAGCUUUCAAAGUCUACUUCAAACAGCAGCAAUAUUUGCGACAAGCUCAUCGGAAAAUUUUAAACUAUCCUGAGCAAGAAUAGUUUGAGCAAGAAUAAAUGACUACUAUAUGCCUGUCAGACUCUGGCAAUCUCAUUUCCUAUAUUCUGCAGCAAUUCUAUUAUUUAGCUACAGGAGCAGAGAUUGGAUGAGAUGCUGCUGCAUUUUGUAUCUCUCCCCUUUCCACAUAGACUAAUAAAAGACUUUAUAAUGUCAAGGUCAAUUCUACUUAGUUGUUAAGCUUAAGAAUGUAAUUUGUUUUCAUUAUUGUAUUUUUCUUUGUGGCGGGAGACAUCUGAAUCCAUUUUCUGUGGGCAUAUAUUGACUUUUUGUUUUUUUGAAACAGAAGCCUAACACUUAUUAAGUUAAUAAAUUAUGUGCAGACUGUACUGAAGUAUCUUUUGUAUGUUUAUUGCGGUAAAUGCAUAAUUCUUUGCUAGUCAACAGCUACCUGUCGAAAUAGCCGACAUUUCUAGAAUGUUAAAAACUGAAAAUGCCUGCUCUUAAUAAGCACUUGGAAUAUUAACAUGGGUUUGUUUUUUUUUAACAGUUUCAUCAAAUGGUUUUUAGUCUUUGCAUUGUAAGCUGUACUAUAUAUAAAUGACUCUUAUUUGCCACCUGUGAAAUGAAGAAACUAAAUCACAAUCUGCUUGUAACCAAGUUGCAAUAUUGGGGUUAUUACUUCGUACCAGUGUACUGUGGAAUCCCAGCCAAAUUGUGGGUAUCAUUAGUUCAAGAUAAAUAUAGAAGCAAGGGUUCAAAACCAGGACUGAUAACAUGAAAUUAUAUGUAGAAGUAUUCUACCUAUACUUCCAAAAGUGUUCAGGAAAUUAUAAACAUUAUAAUACAAAUUGUAUUUAUCAGUAGGGCUUUUUUAAAUAGAAGUUGUUUUAAUAUUUUACUUCUGUGACAUCUGGCACUUUACUGCUUCUAUUUUGAGAAUGCAUUUUCUAAGUGUCUUUGAUUUUGAUGGAACCUCCCAGCAAAUACUUGGAGUAUUGGUACUAAUUCUACAUACGCACAUAGAGAAGCCCUGUUCUAGUAAACAAAAUGGGUUUCUUAGAACAUAACAGAAUUGAGAUUGAGGAAUGAUACUUAAGCAACAUUUUUCUUGACAAGAGAAAUAAGGUUAUCAGUGUGAAGUGAUAUUAUAGCUAUGUAAUCAAUUCCAAAUCCUGGGUUUACUGGUGGCAUUUGUGUCAGCAGUAGUAGGGAACUAGAUAAUGUUAGAUUCAACAAUGUGUAACAUUCACUGCAAACAAUAGAAACUUUUUCUUCUUUUUAAGAAUUGAUAAAUAGUUCUUCACCAGAAAUUAAGCAGACAAGAAAAUGGGCUUCAUGUUCGUUUGCAAUAAUGUAUGUUAACAAAAUACAAUUUUCUGAAGUGAACAUUAUUUUAAAUAUAGAAAUGUAAUAUUUUAAAAGUGUAUAAAAUGUAUAUAAUGACCAACUAGUAUUCCAGUAUUAAAGUAUGUGCAGAAAUAUAAAGUAUAGGAGAAUACUAGUUGUAUCUUCCAACUACUGAAAAGAAUUACAAGUUUAAUUCAGUUGGACUCUGGAAUUACACACACAGAGAGCUGUACUUGCAAAUUGCUGGAUUUCUUCAAGGAUCUUCAGUGCUGUAAAUACUUUGUAAAAUUCUUUUGAAGAAAAGUCUUGUGAGUGUUAUUUCCUGUAUAUACACUAGCCCUUUGCUACCUGCAGGAUUUUUUUUUUUAAACACACACACUCAUAAUGUCAACUAAUGCAGUGUGGAUUUGAAAUUUGUUCUGUAGUUAAACUUCAGAAACUAUUCUGUAUCUUCUGAUCCAAAUGUACUGUGAAUAAUGUGGAAUUAUUUUUAAUUCAGUAGCAAAACCAUUACUUUGUUAUUGUGCAGUUUAAAUGUUCUGUUGGUACAACUUGUGAUCACAUAUUGGAUGAGACUGAAUAAAUUUUUUUACAUUUAAGUGUACAGUGUCUGAAGAGAGAUGAAAUGCAGAAAAGUUGAUUAUAUUUUAUUGGAGGGCAUUAAAUAUUUAACAACAAAAAUAGUAGCUUGAGAACCAAAGUUAACUCUGUUAAUAAAUAAUCUACAACAAAUUCCAUCUUCCAAAACUAUUUUACUGUUCACUAUUUUACUUUUAUGAGACAAUCUUUAGAUGCUUGGGAUGCAAAUAUUCAGAAUUAGGUUGAGUUUUUUGCCUUUAUUAUUCAGUGCAGAUCCUGGGAACUUGCCACUAUUUUCCUUAAUUUUGAGAUGGAGUGAUGAGUUCUCCACUGUUCUCUUUCCCCAUUUUUUAUCCUUAUGCUGCAUGUCUGAAGUGAGCGAGCCUUCCACGUCUGGCUUCGGUGUACUUUGAACCAUCCUUUGCUUGAGGCUGACCUACUUGCAUAAGUGGAGGAACCAGCUUUAUGCAUACAUCGAGAUGUGUUGUUGAGACUGUGACCCUCAGGAUACACAGCCUGCAAGGAAUUCCAAACACCUUUGGAAGUGGAAAGUUUGUCAUAAAGGUAAGACACCCUCGAUUUUUAUUUAUUUGUAGCAUUUGCAAUCCAACCUGAAGGACUGGGAACGGAGUACCACAGAUUAAAAUUACAUUAUAAAUUCAAACCAGAAACAGAUUCCAAAUAGAGGAACCAUGUUGGAUAGCCAUGAUUAUCAACUGGGACUAAACACUUAGUGAUUUUACUUGUUUAUGAAAUGUAAGAAAGGUAAAAGUUGGGAGUAUCUCUGGGAUCCUAGACCAGACAGGCAGAUUCCAUUCUCAGAAAGUUACCUAACAUCUCCCAGUGCUGAACCCAAAAAGGUUGAAAGGUAACAACCAAUAUUUGGAAUUGCAGCUGGGAGCUUACUGGUAACCAGUGCGAUAACUUCAGAAUUCAGGUGUUAUUCUACACUGGUGGGGUUGUCCUACCACCAAUCUGGCUGCCGCAUUUUGUACCAGCGGCAGCUUUUGAAUAGCUCCCCAGACAGUGCAUGGCCAUCAUCCAGCCAAGUAGUGACCAAGCCAUGAGUUACUGACCACCAGGAUAUUCUAGUCCAGGUAAGGUUGAAACUGGAAUUUGGCUUCCGGCUAAACAGGAGCUGUGAAUUCCUGAGGAUCACGGACCACCAGAUUACCGCACAAGGUACCACCUUGCUCAUCACUG